ACCCUCGGUCAGAACACCGCGUCGUGCUCCCGACCUCCCUUGCCAAUAAAGAGAAGGGGCCACCGCCGAUAAGGCCCAUAGCUAGUAGCGUUUGCUGUCACCCAUUUGGAUAUAUAAAUCGUGAUGGUAUUGGCAAGCGCCGAUGAGAACACCCUUUCGAACGGAUCACAGCUCGACGAUCAGGUGAGCAAAAGUGGAGAACCUCACGCAAGCGUUCGAGAUGGCCAACGGCAGGGGAUCUAUUGGAACCGUGGUCACCGCUAACACCACCGCAGGGUCAUUAAGACUGACACACAGCGACGCCGAAGCGCAUGUCGAUUGGCUCUUUACGCUGCUUGAGUCCCAAGGACAUGCGGACUACAUUGGUGAGCCGAUUUCGCAACUCGAGCACUGUCUGCAAGCCGCCCACUUCGCCGAACAAGCAGGCGCCAACGCGACGACCGUGAUCGCUGCGCUGUUGCACGAUGUCGGUCAGUUCAUCCCGCUGGAGGAGAAGGUAAACAGCGCCAAAUUUGCACAUGCGCAGAAGGAUGGACAAGAAAUGAUGCAAGGGGGGGCCAGUGUCGGCCGUAUGGGACAUGAUCGUCUCGGCGAGGAAUGGCUACGGCAGCACGGCUGGCCGGAGACCGUGAGCAAGCUGGUCGGCGCGCAUGUUGUUGCCAAGCGAUAUCUUACGGCAACCUCGGCUGAGUACCUCGCAGCACUUUCAUUCGCCUCGGUGGCGUCGCUCAAGCAUCAAGGGGGACCGUUCACUUCAUCAGAAGUAACAGCGUUCGAGCAAGAUCCCCAGUGGCGCCAAAAGGUGCAGCUCCGAUUAUGGGACGACAAGGCCAAGGUCGUAGGGUUGGAGACGAAGCCGAUUUCAGCAUACCGUAAAACCGCAGUCGACGUGCUGCUUGGCGUCGCGUGAUGAUCUGCAUUACGGUUGGGCUGGAUAAUGAUACAUGAGCAAAGGGUAAUCUGAAUGUGAU